AAUAGCGUGGUGUAAGAGACAGGAGCCUGGCAGGAGAAUACAUCGACUGUUCGUAUGUCCGUCUUCGAAGCAUAGGUACGCCAUGUUCUCGGUCGUUGCGUUAAGAGAGAAAUAGUGUACGCGGAGUAAGCAAGACGGACCGAACGGCCAGUGGAGCAGGAGGAAGGGAGGCGGUGGAAAAGUGGGAGGGUGGAAAAGAAACAGAGACAGACGGGAUGACAGAAAUGCAUAGCCGUGGCUAGCAGCAGCAGCAGCAGCAGCAAGAACACCAGCAGCAGCGCAUAGAGCCGAGAUUCGCGUCGUGCACGCGUAAAUUCGGGGCGUGUGCUAGGUUGGUCGGUCGGUUUCCCUAGCUCCGUGUCCGUGGGCUGCGAAUCGAGGAUGUACCGGUGGCAGUGCGGGAUACGCGUCAUCGUCCCGUGACGACGACAUUAAGGAUAGGUUGGUGCGAGGCUGCGAAACACGGUGUGGGCAGGUCGCGGCCAUUUUUACCACACGAUGCGGCAACCGUGCAUGCCCGUUCGAUCCGCCAUUCCAAACAAUCGGUGUACUCCGUGCCCUCGCAGGGUGCAUCCAGCCACGGCAGCUCGUGGAGGCACCUUAGAGCGACGAUAAUACGCGCCAGUUCGCGCUCGUGGGGAGCGUAGUUUAAUUAUCUUUCAACGAGGGCGACGGGACAGCUCGCGGAAGCCGGUGGUGGCGGUGUCGAACGUCGUUCGAGGAAGAGGAGAAAGAAACGAAGAACGGGGGAAGGAUGACGACGACGAAGGCGAGCCGAACGACAACGACGAAGAUCACAGCGAAAAGGAAACGAUUCGAACGACCGAUAUAUUGGAGUACGAACGGAGCCCUGUGAUUCGUGAUUAAAUCGGUCUCGGUGUGUUCAGAUGGUAGUGCCCUGUUCUAUCGGUGCCAGUGUCCCUCCGUUUCUCUGUCCGUGUCCGUGUGUCGCUCACUCUCCGUCUGUCCGCCCUGCGUGCGUGUUUCGCGUGCCUCUUCGCCACGCACCCGGACUCUCUCCUCUUCCUUCGGCAGCGCGAUCGAUGGUGACACCGUGCGACCGCCUGUGAACCGUCUUUUAUCCGACGAAAGUUUCUCCGUCUGCCACGGAAAGAACACCGUUUCGGUUCCUUGGAAGGAACAAACAAAAAAAAAAAAAAAAACGGCGUAAUCGAGCCAGUGUUAGCAUUCGCGCGUGUGUCCUGUCGGUAAACGUCUCGUGAGAGUGUGUAUCCGAAGCCAGUGUGUGGUGUGUGCUCUCUUACUCGCGCUCUCCCCGCUCCCGCCCCCCCCAUUUCGCCUUCCCUGUUCCCCCCUCUCUGUCUCUCUUAUUCACUUAUUCUCGUUUUCUCCGUCUUUCACCGUCGUUCCGUCGUCCUUUUUAGAUGGGCAAAAUUCUCAUCUAGAUAAAAGAAUUUCGCGUAACGCGUAAAAGAUACACAGUUUCCAUAAUUAUAUAAUAUGUUACACGUCGAACGAACGAAAGCUCGGCCGGUUUAAUCGUUUUAUCGCGUAAAAUCUCUGCACAGAGUUCUCAUUCGAGUAUAAAAAUUCUGCCCAUCUCCGGACCUACCGUCUCCGUUCCACUCGAAUCCGAAAGCAUCGAAGAGGACAGUGAUAGAAUGCUCGACGAUACCACGGCACGACGAUCGUCCCCGUCGAGUUCGACUGGCCGCGAGUCGUGGACGUGGAAGUGCUGAGGGCACCUCGAUAUCGCGAGGUGACAGACCGGGCGAGGGACUGCCUCGAAAUGGAGAUCGAGGCGAAACAACGCAACCAGAGGAUCCGGAGACGAGAACGAGCCCAGCGUAUGCUGGCGCAGAGGGAGAGCCUGGCCACCGCGAAGCAGCAGCACCACCAGCAACAGCAACAACAGCAGCAACAGACCAACAGGCAAAGGGCCAACGACGAGGAGGACAGCCACAGCGGAGAGGACGAGGAACCCGCUCCUGGUAUCGGCCUCGGGCUCGCUAGGACCGGUCAUCCUCGUGACAGCCAUUCACGACCGCCCAGGCCACCGCGACCCCCGAGGCCUCGUAAGAAGUCUUCCCUCGCGGCUGCCAACCAGAAGGAGCCUCCCUUCGAGGAGGACAUUAUCGACGGCUUCGCCAUACUCGCCUUCCGCACCUACGAGGAGCUCGAGAGUGCAAUAAAGCUAGCUGGUAAAAACAAUGUCAAGAAAUUGCAUACGCUACUGUCAAUAGUGGAAGAGAAACCGAAGGUGGAUACAGGACAGAAUAAUAGACACAACGAGCAUCACAUCAAAAACCAUUUCAAGCACAACCAUUAUACACACAAUUCCAUACUGACACCUUCAACGCUCAACCAGGGCCUAGAUGCAGGUACAAGCGACGAUAGUGGCAGAGCAUCUGAACAACUGCAUGGCCCUGGUAUACCUAGGGAUUGCCAGGACGCAGACAGUUCCAGGGACCACCUCAGCGAUGCUAGCAGUCAUUGCAGCUCGGGUAAAGGUUAUAUCUGUGAUAGUGAAGGAGAAGACGAUAAGGGCUCGGAUGCUGAAUCGAUACUCUUUGAAUCUUCUACCCCACCACCCCUUGCACGUAAAUACGAGUUGCCAUCGUCUUCACCACACGUAUUGCCUCCAGCAAACGGGGCAGGAGGUUCACCACCGGACACUGGUGGACAAAUUUCUAAUCCAGCAACGGAUGCUCCGGCACCUAUACCACCUCCUGUGCCUGCGUCAGCACCAGUUCCAACAGCGCCAAGUCCUCCCAGUCCUACUCUACCCCCUCACAUAUCCCAGCCACCUAUGACUAGUCCGUUGGCAGCAAAUCCACGUGCAAUAGCUCCGCAACAGCGGCCAGCUUCCCCAGCUCUGCCACCUCCUUCCUUGUCCCAGCAGCCUCACACUACGAUACCUGCGUUACAUACACCUAAUGUGCCCCUCGUUUCGUCGAGUCAUACAACUAGUCCCGCGGUAGCCAGUUUAGGUGUCACCCCAGCAGCACCAUCAAACGGGGCGACAACUACCAGCUAUCCACCGUCGAUACCCAUGGCUGCUUAUCCUCAAACGCAACCAUCUUACCCGCCCCUUUAUACGCCGUAUACUGCUCUAAAUCACAGUCCAUACCUUCCACCUGCGGUACCAUCUCCUUCCCAUUCUGCUUCUUCACGGGCAGAAGUGAGAGGAAGUAGAGCCUCCCCGUGCACUAACAUAAGUAAACAGCCUGUAGGAAAUAAUACUACGAAUCACAAUACUCCGCUAAGCGCCGCCACUACGACAUGCGUGUCCACGAUAACUAAUACAGUUACCACAGCGAACACCAUCGCUCACAGAGAUAUGGUAGCCUGUAGUUUAACUGGAAGGAAUAAUAACUCGCCCCGUGGACACAGUCCGAGCCGAGAAAGGGAUAGCUACAGCAGUAACGUGAGUAGCCUAAGUCGAGGUAGUAUAACGCCCGUAAGUGUGCCAAACACGUCUUCUCCAGCCAAUUCUAGUCUACCUGCGUAUUCCAAGCCACAAGGAUGGAUUGGUAGCAACACAACUUCGCAAUUAUCUCCGGCAACAGCAACAUCAGUUCCAAGGCCAACUCCACCACCCGUGCCACUGGGCAUGCACACGUUUCCACCGCCAAUGUUUGCAGCACCACUACCACCUCCUGUGUCCAGUUCGAGUCCACACACAUCACUGCCUUCGUUACCACCGCCAACGACCAAUCCCAACCCAUUCUCCGCCGAAUCACUUUUCCAAACAAGGGUGACUCAUGUCGCAGGUCAGGCCGACAUGCUAAGGCGAGAGCUUGACAAUAGAUUCUUGGCAUCCCAAGACCGAAACGUUGGAGUCGGAGUCGGCAACCUGGGGCCGCCCCCAUACCUCAGGACAGAGAUGCACCAUCAUCAGCAUCAGCACACUCAUGUACAUCAACACACGACGCCUCUACUUCCACCGACUGCCGCGACCACCCUCUUUCCAGCUCCCAUCUUCAAGGAUAUUCCAAAACUGGGAGGUGUUGAGUCUCCUUUUUUUCGUGGCAAUUUAAAUCUGUCUGGAUAUUCUGGUUUUAAUGCCGGCCUUCUGCAUCCGGGCAUCGGACCACCUUCGACUCCUUUCGUACCACCGAAUCAUUUAACAUCGUUCGCACCAAAGAAGACUGGAAAAUGGAACGCAAUGCACGUACGCAUCGCUUGGGAAAUUUAUCAUCAUCAACAAAAGCAGCAGGCGGAAGCUAAGGCGGGAGGUGUCGUUAAUACUAAAACGGAACUGCUGAGACCACCGGGUCAUCUUUAUCCAGGUGGACCAGCAGGUGGUCUCGGAAUUGGUGCACCUUCGAUGGCGCCUCCAUUCCCCACUAACAUGCAGCAGGCACAUCCUGCGCCACCUCCACCUCAUCCAGUUGGUUUUCUGUCUACGCCAGCGUCACAUUUAGGAACAGGAAUGUCGCCGUUUGGAAGGUACCCAUCCACGUACGGCGCGCCAAAUCCGAAUUUCCCUGGUCUUUCUAGUUUUCCACCAUCGAGAGAAAUGCCACCGUUGGGUGGGCUAGGUUCUGUACACGAUCCGUGGAGAGGGUACGUUUCAAUUUCAAAAAGAUUGCAACGAGCGUCCACUGGGUUCCCACCCACCACUGUUGCAUGGAGCCUGAAACCAGAACCGCCUGCUAUCGAUAGACGAGCGGAACUCGAGGAACGUGAACGAGAACGCGAACGGGAACGAGAACGGGAACGCGAGCGUGAACGUGAGCGGGAACGAGAACGCGAACGUAUCAGACGUGAGAAGGAGAGGGAACGGGAGGAGCAGCGCGAGCGAGAAAGACGAGAACGAGAGAAAGAAGAGAAAAGGAAACAGCAGGAAGCUGCUGAGAGGGAAAGGGACAGAAGGGAUAAAGAACGUCGUGAAAUGGAGAGACGCGAAAUGGAGCGCGAGAGAUUGCUUCAUCAAAAUCGACAGCAUGUGGUGGUAGGUCGAGAACGAUCACCGUUGAGAAAUGGAACGGUGACUAUGGACGGUGGCGAGGUGCGUGUCAAAGAGGAACCCCGAAGCAAAGACGACGAAGUCGUGAUGCUUCCAAGACCACCGGGUCCUGGCCCAGGUGGUCAAUCCGCAACAGGGCCUGGACCGAGUCCACUACCCGAUACCAGGUAUCAUCACCCCCAUCCUCAUUCGUAUCUCGCGAGGCAUCCUCACGGGAUGCCGCAUUCCAUGCCGCGAAGUAUGCUCCCUGGAUUAGGUGGACAUCCCAUGCAACAUUUCCCACCACCUUCGGCGCCUGCAGGUCAACCUGGGGGUCCUUGGCCCGGGGAUCCAUUCAGAGAUUAUCGCUACGAUCCUUUGCAACAACUACGUUACAAUCCCCUGAUAGCUGCUGCUGCGUUUCGCGCAGAGGAAGAGGAGAGGGCCAAGCUUUACGCUGGCUACCCACCACCACCUGUGAAUGCUCUGAGAAGCAAGGAUCCCAGUCCUGGCCCCCUUAGCAAUUUACACAUGCAUCACAGAGCGGGACCAGGACCAGGAGUGCCAACACGACAAUUGGACCCUUCUUUAAUGCACGCAGAUAUACACAAGAAAGAGGAUGCGUCCCAAUCCCGAUGAUACAUCCUCCCAGCGUCCUCGGCUUCUGCGAGCGAACGCACCAAAGGGUCAGCAGUCUGAGCACUAGCGCAUACCCACACCCUCACCCCCCACGGUGCUGAUAUUUUGCUAACGGAGGAGAGGCGUUAUUUAAAAGAAAUUGUACAUAGAUUAUAUAAUAUUUAUAGUUAUCGAUGGGGAAGUGCGAAAUGAAGAAACCGUGUUAGAACUUUCAAUUAUAUAUGGAACGCACUCCGUAUGACGAUCAUUAACAAAGAUGCCUUGACUCGCGAUCCGUAGGGUCAAAAGACGGAUAACUUUUACGCGUUUACCGUAACGUCGAUAUUGCGCCAAGGCAUCGGUAUGAAAAAAAAAAAAGGGAAAUGUGUUGUCACGAAACGGAAUGAAAGAAAUAAUGACAAUUGUGAUUAUCUGCGAGUUUCGGGGAUCUGACUGUUUAUAGCGGUAUAAACUUUAAUCAUUACGAUAACUAUGCGUACAGUUUAAAAAAAAAAAACAAAAAAAGUAUCGUGUGUAAUAUUAUAGAUAUUGUAGAAUGCGAGACGAUGCUACCGUAAACAAAACAAAAAAAAACAACAAGGAAUCCAAGUUAAAAGAAAAUUUAUGCGGAUCUCUACCAUUACUCGAAAGUUAUUUAAUUAUUUAUUUAUUGCGACGUAUAAACGAAUCUCUGCUACUGACGUACGGAUACGAUCGUAAAAAAAAAAUAUGAUGUUGCCCUAAUUUAAUCGAUAUAAUAUAACAAAAGUUUACGUAUGAAUUUUCAUUUUCUUCGUAGAGAUUAAUUUGUACCGUAGGGAUUGAUAGUGAACCGAGAGGGCAAAAAGAAAACAGGUACCUUUGGCUUAUGGCAGCGCAAGCUUGCUUCUUCCCUGAUUUGCAUGGAGACUAGAAUUGCACUCUGGUGCUUUCCUGUGAUAUAAAAAGUAAGAUCGUUCAGAAGCAUUGCAAUUGUUUUUCACCGUAAUUUUGUAAGUAAAUCGAGCGACGGACGCAAGGCGUAAAUCAAAUUCUUGGACAAAUUAUAAAGAGAGAAAAAAAGAGAAAAAAAAAACAACGGAGGCGAGACUCGCGUCACCCCAAUUUUUCAAGAAAAAAAGGAACAAAAAAAGAGAGAAAGAGAGAUGAAAAGAAAAAUUUAUAUUUAUCGGGAAAUACGGGAUUUGCGAGUGAACAAAUACAAAAGCAGUUUGUCCGUGCCAAAGUGCUUUAAUCAAAAGAACACAUUUAACGCUACGUAGAAAAAUUGCAACUUCUGAUUUUGUAUCUUUAUCAAAAAUGAAGAAAGAAAUAUGGUUUUCCACCCUUCUUUCGUCGUCCUCUCAAUUGUCAGUCAUAUAUAUAUACAGAUGUAUGUAUAUGUACGUCGUUACACGUUACCAGAGAGCCAAUUCAAGAUCUCUCUAAAAAAUAACAAUGUUCGUGCCAUGGACCAGGUUAGAAUUCGGAACACUCUGGUGCCUCUAAAAUGAAAAGAAAACGAACUUUUGUCGAGUAAUCAGGCUCUUAAUUUUGUUUCGUUUAUACUGUGAAGUCAUCAUAAAACUGUAUAUUAUUAUAUAAUUAACGAACAUACGCAAUUUGAAAAUUGUAGAUAUUUUUCAUCGAUGCAAGGUUGCAAUGUGAUGCAAUGAUUCAGUUCAUGUAGAUAUCGCGAAGUAUAAAAGAGGAUUUUGUGUGAAUAGGUUUUUUCUAAAAUUGAUUCUUUGUAAAAGGGUCUAAUAAUCAUAGUUUCUAUCAAACUCCUGUCUCUUUUAGUACUUUCACCAAGCCUGAAACAUCUUACAGCUCAUUGUCAUCAGAAAAAAAAAAAGACAUUUAUGGUUGAUC